AUGCCGCUUCGACGCCCAGCGGCUAAUACUUUACCGGCGGAGAUAUUGCUACAGAUAUUUCACAGGCUAGCACCACGAGAUUUCGACAACGCGAGGAGGACGUGCUCCCAGUGGAUGCGUGUUAGCCUAGACCAGGAUUUGCUGCAAAGAAUGCUCAAACGAGCGGGUUGGUGGGACUCCUGGUUACGGGACUAUCAAAGCUCAAGCCCUGUAGUGGGCGAGGAAGAAAGCUUGGUGUGGAAGAUGAGCAAACGCUUUGCCACAGAGUGCCUCUUGUCUGGGCGGAAAGUCAAUGUGGAAAGACUGGGGUUCCUUACAACCGCCGUUGUCGACUUCUCUCAACUAUCUCACAGGGAGCGUGCUGCGGAGUUUCGACGCCUAUCUCAACCUGUCAUCGCAGAAAUCGAGCCUGCAAGUUUCGAUGCAACUAAACAAUUUCACGUCAGCAAUUGUGGAACAUACUUGCUGCUGACAUCGAGUCGUACGAUUUUUGUUUACCGUCUACUCACCAGGACGGCUGGUUCCAGUACCAGGGACGAUGCAGACGUCGCUCUUGUGGCAAGAAUUACCUGUCCUGCCGAAGUUCUGGCAACCACAAUUGACACUAGCACUUCAAAGUUGGCUGUCGCUGCAUUGCUGCAUAAUCGUCUAGGCAUGGUAUGCGACCUUGUUCCGGCUAAAGGUGAACCUUCUGUCGCCCGUGCGAAGUAUACCAUGGAGCUGGCCUCUCGACAUUUCAUCUACAAUGUAUGCUCCGCGCAUGACCCACCCCGGAGUGUGUCAAUUUGUCCUGGUCGUCGCUGCUUAGCUUUCGGGUCGGGGACCGGGUUCGAGCUGCGUUGGAUUGACGGGCAGACUAAUCAAGACUGCCGUAAACAGUUCCCUAUGUCGCAACCAUCCGAGAUUCUUCAUUUCUUCCCCGGUCGACCUAGUUUGCCAAGGGAACUUCGCAUCAUAUCCUCAUUGGCCGGUCCAGGUCUGCCUGGGUGCAGUUGUCGCAGUGUGCCCCAUGGUGGCGAGCGACUAAAAUGCCCGUUCCACCUCCUGGCUGACGUCCAAUCUCUUACUCGGUGGGAUCCACAGCAUAAUGGAGACUCCAGCUUGGUGAGGGCAACGCAUUGUCAUAACUAUCGUGCUAUUCCCGUCAACGAUGGUCUGCAUGUCCUCUACGUUGAGCCCCGCACAGGCCAUCUCUGCAUCGGGUCCGACGCUCCCAUCGGCGGGCCAACAAGCCUCACAAAGGUAUUCGUUUGCGUUCCUCCACCCAGCAACAGCGUGUCUGACGGUAUCAAGGAGGGUAUGGUUCCGACCGUCUUUGCGGCGGGGUCGGACCUAAACUGGGGCUUGCGUGUAGUCGCUGCCUAUCAGGACAGACUUGUCCUAUAUUCCGUGCCAUUGGAUGUCUUCAACGUCAUCCGAAAGGAGCGUGAGAGACAGGGUGACGGAGUCAUGGGCGACAGCGACCUGGCUAGGGACUGGUUCCUUGACAAUCAAAGGUCGCGAAAGCGCCGAGACAGUCUAGUUCAGAACCAGAAUGGCGACUGGGAGUUCCUUCUCAGCGUCAGUUAUCGGCCCACGGCCAUAAUGUGGCCGUUUCAGAUCUACGGCAAGGAAAUUGGACGAGUUAAUGACGUGGUAGAGCUGGCUCUCCAGUCGUCCAAUGGUGGUGCCCGCAUCUGGGCGUUUGAUGCAUCAGGUAAAACGAACGUCAUUGACGUGGAUACCUUCACCUCGACUGCCCAGCCAGCUGCAGAGAUUCCUUGCAAAUUUGUCUCCGUUGGAUCUGAUGGUGAUGUCGCCCCUGUACAAUUCAUUGAUAGGAGCGAUCUUGAAGCUGCACCGCAGCCCUCGCGCAAGCGGAAGCAUUAUGACCAAGAGGACUUUGGCAGCCAACAUACGGGCGCCCAUUGGCUUCCUUUUUCUAUGCUAAAAGAGGAAGAACAGCCAGGUCUUUCUCAACUCAUGACCGCGGCAGCAAAACGGCGUGCUUCUUUCGCUGCAUGCAUUGUUGAUCUCAACAUCCCGGAAUUGAGUGCUCGGGAGGGACCAUGGGUGGAAGAUGUCAGUGUGAUGUAA